AUGGGAGAACUUACGCUCACGGACCUAUUGAAGACGGCAACGUCGGAUUUCCCCAACAAGAGAGCCAUCUCCGCCUGCGAGGAGCUCGACCUGACGCACAUGCGGCUGCAGGAGAUUGUCAACCACGCCACCGCGCUCAUCACUGCCUCACACCGACACCGUCGCGCUCACUUUCCUCAACAACAUCGAGGGACUGGUGUGAUAGUUUUCUUAUUGGAAAAUGUGUUCGUUUUGCAGUUUGUGAUCCUGUUUCCAGCGGUAAUCCAUUGCCGAGCCACUGUAGCUCCGCUCAAUCCCUUCUACAUAGCUAAGGUGCUCGAGUUCUACCUUUCCGACUCAGAACCGAAGCUCCUAUUGACACUGCAAGAAGGAAACCGAUGGGCUCAAUCCGCUGCUUCCAAGCUCAACAUCCCCCACCUAACCGCCAAUCUUCACUCUGCCGAUACCAAAAUCACUCUCUUCGACCAACGUAGAGCCGAGCCGAGCCUCGACUCGAUGUCCACAGUUGUCGAUGAUCCCUCGGAUGUAGCUAUGUUCUUGCACACCUCCGGCGCUAUGGGUCACCCCUCCCCAAUCGCAUGCUGCUAA